CAUCAGCGCCACGAAGUACGUGUAAAAUUAAAUGGUGUGGAGAAGUUAUGAUGUGGUUAGUUGGGCUUUCAGUCGGUAUAUAGAAAAGCGGCCAACAACAUUUACGACAUAUACCACGUAUAUUAUUACAUAUUAUACAUAUUAUACAUAAAUGACAUAUUUUACACGCGACACGUCGAAAAUUCCGAGUCCUGUCGUAAGCCCACCACGCAUCAGUGUUGUGAUCGCUUGAUUUGCGCCUGCGCCCUCUGGCGCCACCUUCGCCUCCACAACCGGCGCCUAUUACAUUACACGCACAGACGGCAGACGCACUCUGCACUCUGCACACUCUGCAAUCGUGGUAGGCCGAGUAGUGCCGCGCAGCUGCAAGCCUCCGAGAAGAGAUUCGUAUAUACCCUUGCGCAAACUCAGCUAGAGGACGACCUGCGAGUGUUUUUCCAAGGUGCUGGUGCUUGUCUGAGGACCAAAGCACUCGUUUUCGUUGCCUUGUCCCAAGCUGCUCGUCAAGGAUGCCUAAAAGGAAAAGCCAAGCGCUCAUCGAUUCGGACAGCAGCAAGAGUUCUGAGGAGAGUGGCUCCGAUUUAGACAACGAAUUACUGACUUUGGCAAAAAAGAAACAAAAGAAGACUAGCAAUGAUGGCUCUAGUUCCGAAGCAAGCAGUUCGAAUAAGAAGGACAGCAAGGUCUUUGACUCAGAUACGUCAGAUUCUGACGACGAGUGGAAUGCAAAGGGUGGUAAAACAAAAAAGAAAAAGGUACCUGCAAAAAGAACCAAAAGGAAGAUGACAAAGUCCAGUAGCGGAGAAAGUGAUAGUGAAAAGGAGGAGGAGCCAGAAAAAGUCUCAGAGCCUGAAGAAGGUGAGGUAUCAGAUUCAGAUGUUAGUGACUCUGAUUCAAUCCAAGAAGAAUUUGACGAUGGAUAUGAUGAAAAGCUCAUGGGAGAUGCUGAAGAUCAGGCAAGACUUGCUCUAAUGACUGAAAAAGAAAGAGAGCAAGAAAUUUUCAAACGCAUUGAGCAAAGAGAAGAAAAAAAGAGAAGGUUCGAAAUUGAAAAAAAACUUAGGAUUCAAAAAAAGCAAGAAGCAAAGAAACAAAAAGAGUUUAAAAGAAAAGAGAAAGGUGGCGAUGAAAAGAAAGUUGAUAGAGCACCAGAUCCUAAGGAAAGGAGUAAAGACCGCAAAAAAACAAUUGAACAAAAGCAGGAUAAGAAAUCUGAUGCUAUGGCUGCAUUACAAGCAAAGCGUGCCGAAAAACGGGAGCGUGAGGAAAAAGAAAAGCAGCGAAUGGAAGAACAGAAAGAGCAAUCAAAGGAUGACGAAGAAGAAUUAGAGGGAGAUCACAAGGGUGGAUCUAAAACAAAACUCAAAGCAUCUGAUAUUUAUUCAGAUGAUAGUGGUUCCUCAGACAGCGGUGAUGAAGAAGAAUCAAGCAAACCAGCAUCAAGGCAAAGAUCUUCCUCUAGUUCGUCAAGAGACUCUGACUCGGAUGACGAUAAGAAAUCUGUUAGUAGUGUAAAAACGAAAUCUAAAAAAGUGACCUAUGUUAAUACAAAAGAAGAUUUGAACAAAAUUCGACUAUCACGUCAUAAAAUCGAGAGAUUUGUGCAUCUUCCAUUCUUUGAGCGAGUCGCGCAGGGUUGUUUCGUCAGAAUCGGUAUUGGAAAUAAUAACGGAAGACCAGUGUACAGAGUUGCGGAAAUCAGUGGUGUUUGUGAAACAGCCAAAAUCUACCAAUUAGGUAAUACCAAAACUAACAAAGGACUGAAACUAAGACACGGAGCACAAGAGCGUGUAUUUAGGCUAGAAUUCGUAUCGAAUCAAGAGUUCACAGAAUCUGAGUUUUUCAAAUGGAAAGAGACUUGUGCUUUGCAGGGCAUUUCUAUGCCUACUUCUGAGGAAAUGGACCAAAAACUUAAAGAUAUCAAGGAGGCGAUGGUGUACGAAUUUAAGGAGGAAGAUAUAGAAAAAAUUGUCCAAGAAAAGGGUCGAUUCAAGGGAACACCGUACAACUACGCAAUGAAGAAGGCUCAACUGAUGAGGGAGCGAGAUGCUGCUAACUGCCGAGGAGAUGACGAGACUGCCAGUCGUCUUAAUAUCGAAAUUAGUGAAUUGGAAGAACGAGCCUCCGAUCUAGAUAAGAAAAGAUCUGCAACUAUUUCGAGCAUUUCAUAUAUUAACGACCGAAAUCGUAAGAAAAAUGUGGAAGAAGCUGAAAAAGCAAUUUUGGAGGAAAUCAAAGCAAAUAGAGGUAAAGUGGUAGAUGAUCCAUUUACUAGACGAAGUACAAGGCCCAAAAUGUUUUCUCAAAAGGAUGAUAAUGAGCAACAGGAACCAGCUCCUACUAUCAAAGUAAUUGAAACUGUACAAAAACCAGUUCUAAAAGAGAAAGAGCCAAUACCAGAAGUCAAGAAAAAGCAAAACACAGAUUUAUUUAAUGCUCAUAAUUUCGAUAUUAUGAUAGAUCUGGAGGUCCCUAUAGCGAACAAUCCAGUUAAUGUUCUUCCAAAACCUAUUAAUAAUAUGAAGGAUUCAGGACCCCGUCGGUCUUUGAACUUGGAAGAUUACAAGAAGAAACGUGGCUUGAUCUAACGUUUCUCUAAACGUAAAUUUAAUCGAGCGAAAAGUGACUCAAGGGAUUAUCGUUAUGAAUUAAUUGUUUGUUAAUGAACAAACGAGAGCGUGAUUGAAAUAAAAAAUAAUGGCGGUCGAGUGUCAUUGCUUAAUUUGGAUAAUAAGCCUUCGAAGUUCUACAAUACUUUGCUCUCGCAACACUGAUCCAUCCAAUUUGAUCAUUUAAACACUGGUUUUUGAUUAUUUUAAUUAAUAAUGUUGUGAGUCAGUAUAUAACUCACACUGUGCAGAUAUCAUUGGAAAUCUGCAAUGACGUAAGCUGUCGAACUUUAUGUAAAAGUUCAACAACUAUGGGUACUUUUUAAUACAUCUUAUACGCGGAUCACUAGUCCAAUAUAGGACAUAGAAAACAGCUGAGACUGUUUACUUUCUACAUCACUUUGUGGAGUGGUACGAAUAUUGCGUCUCAAGUGCGUAAAUUUAAUGUUAAACUUUGUGAACAUAUGUAAGAUCAAAUAAAUUGUGUGGACAAAAAACGUUUAACUGUUAACGAUUUCAAAAUGCAGGUUAUACUUUAUUCAUAACUUUAUAAUUUGAUUACUAUUCCAUUAGAGUAUGAUAUAUUUUUUUAUUUUCUGUAAUGUGAAAUAGCUACAGAACAGUAUUAAUAUUAUUUUUCACAGUAUCUGUAUGGGGAAACAACAAAUACAGAAUCGUUAUGCUAAGGAUAUUUUUUUUAUUUUCUAUUUUAUGUACUUGCAUCGCUAAAUCUAUUUUUCUUUUUACAAUCUUAGUAACAAAUAAGUUCAACAGUUUUUGUUAAUAAUUUCUCUUUUUAAUACAUUGUAUUUUCUUUUAGAGGCAUAUGCGUUCUUUUUUUAAAAAGUUUCUCAUGUAGAGAGAAACUGAUAUAUUUUUACAAACGAUAGCGUUUUAUGUUAAAAUUGAAAUAAUUGUAAGCCUGCAUUUUGAAAAUUAGAUAUUUUAAUUUAACGCUAGUGUUACACAACUGACGUAGAUGAUAUUUCGUGGCAAGUUGGUUUGAACGAAACAAGAAAUCGUCUUUAUGGUUUUUGUAAAAAUAAGAAUUUUAAUUAAGAAUAAACGCUGGACUGCGAUCUUAAUUUGUAUUAGGGCAAUGCUUCGAUUUUUUAAAGCACUACACACAUUCAAAUUCUGUAAGAAUGUUUGUUUUGCGAUUCAGCAUUUAUAUUUAGAUAGGGAAAAAAAAUGUUAAACUCUGGACUGAUUACUGUACAUUAUAAUAAAUUGUAAUAGGAACGAAGGCAUCUCUAUAACGGCGCUCGCUGCAGUAUUCCGAUGUAUGUACAUAAGAUGUAUAUUUCAUGAAUAUUUGUUAUACAAUUGUAUAUAAUCUUACGAUACUACUUGAAAUAUACAUACACACAAAAAAUUCACUUUUUAUUUAUUUAGAUAUUCGACGUAGUAUUAUAGUAAUCGUGAACAAUCCAACUGUUACUGCAAAUCAUGCAUGUAUGCGUAGCGACAAUUUCCUGUACUUACGAAUAAAAAUCAUACCAUCAUACAAGAAAA